AUGACAUCUUCAGAGGUUUCAAGCAAAGGUAAUAGUAGUAUGAGAGGAGACAGGGACACGUUUUCUUUGUCUGGUUUUAGCGACAAAAAUGACGCCGUGGGUGAUUCUAGAACCGUUCCGGCGGUUUCCGGUGCAGUUGAUGCGGAUGUGGCUCUUUAUAAGGAGCUUUGGCGAGCUUGUGCUGGUCCGCUCGUUACGGUGCCUCGCGAAAAUGAGCUUGUGUUUUACUUUCCUCAAGGACACAUCGAACAGGUUGAGGCGUCAACCCAUCAGGUUCCGGAGCAACAGAUGCCGGUAUAUGAUCUUCCAUCAAAGAUCCUUUGCCGUGUUGUUAAUGUGCAAUUGAAGGCUGAACAAGAGACAGACGAGGUGUUCGCUCAAAUAACUUUGAUGCCGGAACCUGAUCAAGAUGUAAAUUCGGUUAAGAAGGAACCAGCACCGCCUGCCCAAUCUAGAUUUCAUGUGCAUUCUUUUUGCAAGACGUUGACUGCUUCUGAUACGAGUACUCAUGGUGGGUUUUCUGUUCUGAGACGACAUGCUGACGAAUGUCUUCCUCCGUUGGACAUGUCAAGGCAACCUCCAACACAGGAGCUGGUAGCGAAGGAUUUGCAUGGAAACGAAUGGCGCUUCAGGCACAUAUUUCGGGGUCAACCCCGAAGGCAUCUUCUUCAAAGUGGUUGGAGUGUCUUUGUUAGUUCUAAAAGGCUCGUUGCUGGUGAUGCCUUUAUAUUCCUAAGAGGUGAGAAUGGAGAGCUCCGUGUGGGGGUAAGACGUGCAAUGAGACAGCAGGCAAACGUCCCAUCGUCUGUCAUAUCCAGUCAUAGCAUGCAUCUUGGAGUCCUUGCAACCGCUUUGCAUGCCAUCCAGACAGGAACAAUAUUUACAAUCUAUUACAAGCCUAGGACUAGCCCAGCAGAGUUCAUUGUUCCUUAUGACCAGUACAUGGAGUCUAUCAAGAACAACUACUCUAUAGGGAUGAGAUUUAAAAUGAGGUUUGAAGGUGAAGAAGCUCCAGAGCAAAGAUUUACUGGAACAGUAGUUGGGAUUGAAGAGUCUGAUCCAAAAAGGUGGCCUGAAUCUAAGUGGAGAUGCUUGAAGGUACGAUGGGAUGAAACCUCGACUAUUCCUCGUCCAGAGAGAGUUUCACCUUGGAAAAUAGAACCUGCUCUCACCCCUCCUGCAAUAAGUCCACUUCCAGUGCAUAAACAAAAAAGGCCUCGAUCAAGCAUGUUGCCUUCGUCUCCUGAUUCAUCUGUUCUUACAAGAGAAGGCCCAUCAAAAGCAGCUGCAGCAGACCCUUCACCUUCAAAUGCAUUUUCAAGGGUCUUGCAAGGGCAAGAACUGCCAGCACUGAGAGUCCCAUUUGCAGAGAGUAAUGAAUCAGAUUCAUGUAAUAGGCCGAUUCAAUGGCCAUAUUCAGUAAUAGACGAAGACAAAAUUGAUGCAGUUUCAUCCCGACGUUAUGGGACGGAGAAAAUUUUACCCUUCGGCAGGCCUGCUGAAUCCUCUUUCACAGAUCUAUUAUCAGGGUUUGGAGCCCACAACACUUCAACCGAAUUUUCUGCAUCUUCUGCUGGUCAAACUGAAGAAAAAUUCAGCUUACGUUCGAACCCGUGGUCCACCAUGCCCUCCAAUCUGUCUCUCAACUUGUUGGGCUCAAGCAUAAAAGGCGUUCAAGCCGGUGAUAUUCCAUAUCAGGCACGGGAUGGUAGGAGCAGUGCCUUUGGCGAGUAUUCCGUUCAUCUUAAUCGAAGGGGUAGUGAACAGCAACAUGGGAAGUGGAUGAUGCCUCCACCGCUUCCUUCGUAUCUACAUAUGCCUUCUCAUUCUACUGAGGUGAUGCCGAAGUCUCCACUUUCUCACCAGAAUGAGGUCAGGAAGCCACAGGAUGGAAAUUGUAAAAUAUUUGGCGUACCCCUUGCUGGCAAUAAGGUUGCAUCCGAUGAGGCGGGGAAUUCACAUCAAGGGUUACAAUCGCAAUCGUACCCCACGCUUGAAUCUGAUCAGAGAUUUGAACAAUCCAAGAGUCCGAAAGUUAUUGGUAAAGAGCGAGAGCAGCAAUAUCAAAAUUCCCAACCACAAGUGAGGGAUGGUCAUGCCAAAGUCCAAGGAGUUUCAACAAGGAGUUGUACAAAGGUUCAUAAGCAGGGGAUUGCUCUUGGUAGGUCUUUGGAUCUUAGUAAGUUCAACAACUACGAUGAACUGAUUGCUGAAUUGGAUGAGUUAUUUGAAUUCAAUGGAGAACUGAAAACCCGCAACAAGACUUGGCUGGUUGUGUACACGGAUGAUGAGGGUGACAUGAUGCUUGUUGGAGAUGAUCCAUGGCAGGAAUUCUGUGGAAUGGUGCGUAAGAUCUUUAUUUAUACUAGAGAAGAGGUUCAACGUAUGAAUCUUGGAAGUUUAAAUUCACGGGGUGAGGACAAUUCAUCGGUUGCAGAAGGCAUGGAUGCUAGGGACACAAAGACUCUUCCAUCAUCUUCAAGUCCCGAGCAUGCAUAGGGUUUUUACUAUAUCUAGGUAUAUGUUGUGUAGGUGGAUAGGGAGGGAGUAUGAUAUAUAUAUACAUAUAUCUUAUGGCAGUUGACAACAGUUGAAAUAAUUAAUUUUAAGUAAGGUGCAUCAAGAUGCUUCCAACUUCCCUGACUGGAGGCAACUCUUUUGAUGGUGAUAUGAUGAUGUUUUCAAUUUUGAACAGUUGGAGCUGUUAUAUACAUAUAUUUCUUAACAUUAUUAUUGUUAUGAUUAAUAUAUAUAUAGUAUGGUUGUAUAUAUAUGUGAUAUUGGGAGAGGAUGGCAUGAUGUAAAGAGGUGUUUUGCUAGCUUUUCCCAAUUUUUCAAUGUAAGGAGAAGUUAUUCAAUUUUAGUUUCAAUGUAAGGAGAAG